AUGACAAUGACUACAUCUCCGCUCACCCCGCCCAUAACGCCUCCAGUGCCUCCACCCUCUCGCUUCUGCUGCCUCCAAGUCCGGCUCCUCUGGGAGAAGUGCGGACACAUCGAGACCCUCACGAUUCACGAACUUCCAUGCAAAAAGCUCUAUCGCGGCUGGCUUCCGGAGACGUCGCCGUACCUGCAGGUCAAACCAUGCCCAGUCAUGACCAGACACCUCGCUCUGAAGCGUGCCAGGUGCGAGAGGUGUACCGAAGCGGUGGUGGCGCCGAAGCGAGCACUCUUUGGCUGGGGUAGUGUAGGGAAGAGAGACAGGUGUGGCGAGGUGGUUCCGAUUGCAGAGAUCGUUGCGAGGAGGACGGAGUGGAUUAAAGUGAUGGCUGCUCAGGCUGAGAGGAAUCGCAGGAGGGAUGGGGCGAGGAGGCUGUGA